CUAUUUUAUUACUAUGUGUAUGAGUCUAUUUUAAGUCAUUUGCCUUGUUUCUCGUUACGACUUUCACAAUUUUUUGCUAUUUAGUUGAUUCCAUCGAAAAAUGUGUAAAAUUUUUAAAUUUGAAUAUGUGGCUGUUAUAUAUAUAUCAACUAUAUGUUUACGCAAUUCUUUUAAAUAUUGUUUAUAUUGAGUAAUUUUGUCGUGAUUACAGAAAAAAAGUUUAGUUAUAUUGGUUCUUUGGUGUGAACUGUACUUCGGAACUUAGCUUAUUAUGUUUUAUUGUAAAAAAAAAACGCUUAUUUUUCUUUUGAUAACAUUGAAUACGCUAAUUAUCAAAUUAAAAAAAAUAUAUUUCACAGGAAUUGAGUAUGAGUAGCUUGUCAAGAAUAGUUGUUGCUAUGAAGAGGGCUGGGUCUUAUCUAACAUGUAAAGAACUGUCGUGUCAUUAUUGCAUUGUGAAAUGACUUGGUGUUCACGCAUGUCCCAUUUUGCUAUUGUUUUUUUAACUGGGGAAUUGGUAAUCGUUAUGCUCUGACACAAAGUUUUUACUGUCAUUGAGAGGAAAUGGUUCUAUUAAGUAAGUUUAAAACUGUACCAACUAGUUGUGUGGAAUAUGUACAUCCUUGGACGCAGUCAUGUACAAAUGCAACAACAUGUUUGAGUGCGGCCUGCAUUCAAGAAAGUCUCAGAAUUUAUGUUACUGUAUACAUUUUGGCAUUAAUAAUGCGAGGGAAAGUGCCCAGCAGGCAAGAUGUGAAAAAAACACUUCUUGCAAUUUUGCAGUCUUCGCUAUUCUUAACAUGCAAUGGCACAGCAUUUCCAUUGUUUACGUGCCUUCUGAGGAAUAUUUUAGGCAAUUUCAAUGUUUUGACAGUGUCGUUCAUCCCAGCUGCUCUCGCAAGCUAUAUGGCCAUUUUGCUGGAGCGGCCUUCGAGAAGGGGUCUGCUGUCUCUCUAUGUCACAAAUGUGGCUUCAGAAACACUUUUCCGCAUGGCUACGUGGAGAGGCCUUGUUCGCCCGGUGCCCCACGGCGAGGUGGCAAUAUUUGCAGUCUCCGUGGCGACGCUGCUGUAUUGCUACAGGAGCAGGCACGCCCCCCGAGACUCCAUCUACAGCCUGUUCAGGUUUAUCGUCGGGCCAUUUGAAGAGCACGGCUACGGAGAAAACCGUGAAGAUUUGCCGUCCCAGCACAGAAUGCACGUCGUCUCGCCAGCGGAAAGUAGAGCUGGGGGACCGGCGCGGCCCUCGGUCGGAGCCUUCUCGCUCGCGCUGAACGCAUACAAGAACCUGAUACAACACAUCAAGAGUUACGGAAGGCAUGCGGCUUGUCCACAUCCAUUUAGCUGUACUUCCUACGUUCUACAGGGGACGGUGAAGCUGUUCUCCCUGGGCUACGGCCUGCAGGCCUGCCUGCGGCUGCUGCUGCAGAUGAGGCGGGUAGUACGGCGGCCUAGCAUCCUGCCGAGGCUGCUGUUCCACAAGAACGCCCUCAAGCUCGGCGCGUUCCUCGGGGGGCUGUCCGGCACUUUCAGGCUAGUUUCGUGUCUGCUGCGCUGGACUCGCAACAAGGACUCCAAGUUCCACGCGAUACCUGCAGGGCUCCUGGCUGGCCUGUCAUUCGCGUUCUUCCCUGACAACACCAUCGCUCUCUACGUCAUGUGGAAAAGCUUGCAGAUAAUAUACAACACGGGCGUGGAGCGGGGCUACCUGCCGGAGGUGUCCGGCUUCACCAUCCUCCUGUACACCGUGUCGACGGCCAUCUUGUUCCACGCGGCCAUCCUCGAGCCCCACAACCUGCGGCCGUCGUACUGGAAGUUCCUGUUCAGCAUCUCCGGAGGCCGUAUUUCAACAAUGGACAGAAAGUCUUUGGAUGCAUUUGGAUUGGAGUCAAGCCGAGGUUUGCUCGAAAUGGCCCACAAGACAAAAACCCCAUUACUACCGAUAUCAUAUUUUGAGUGAUCUACGAGUUAUUGUUGCUGCAAGAGAAUCAAUGAUGCUCAAGUGGGGACAAUUUUGCAUCAGUAAAUUGUGCAGUGAUCAAAACAGAAUGAGUGAAUGUAUUCUAGGUAUGCAGAAUAACUGAAGUAAUAUACGGUGGAACUUCAUUAUAAAGUACCUCACUUAAAAGGAUUUAUCUCCUGAUCCCUACAAGUUGUUUUACAUUUAUUAACAUUUCACUAUGAAGUCCUGUCAUUAAUUAUUAAGUACCAAAAAUGUGGGAUUUUUUCAUGUACAAUGUAAUGAAAUUUCACUGUUAUGUUGUUAAUUAUGAAUACUUACUCCAUCUUAUUUUAUAAAGCUUUGCUUAUUUUUUUUGUAGGAAUUUUCUUAUAUAGUAUUCAGUGAAAGCAGCUUUGUGCAGUGCUUUCUUUAGAUUGACAUAAAUUUGGUAGUUUGGAUUUAAAACCUUUAUAGUUUUAUUGGUGGCAAAUAUCUUGUGAUAGCAGUUCGGUUGGCAACAUAUUAUGUUUAUAGAUAUAAAUUGAUACCCUAUACUUGCUUUAUUAACCAUAAAACUCUAUAAGAGAUCUUAUGUUACCUAAAUACUGUAAAAGUUAUGAGAAAAUUUAUUUCAACUUCUCAUUUUUGCAGGAUCAAAUAUUCCUGUCAGACACUUAAGGAUAUUUUUGUAAAACCAUCAUUGUAAAAAUUACUUUUUGUGAAUAUGUAAUUAGUUGGAAGCCAGCCGGUCCUAAGGCAGCACAUAAAUUAUUUGACUUAUGUAUUACCAAGCAACGAGAAAUGCUUUAAGCAUGUCUUUGGGUGUAACAUUAUUGCCAAAAGUUGAUAUUUGGUAACUUUUGAAAUGGAUUCCAAGUUUAAAUAUUGUCUUUACGUCAUUUUGUUUUUAAGGAAAAAGUGCAAAUAAUUUGUCAUAUCAAAGGAACACCAAAUUUGAUUCUAUUUAGAAUAAAAUAGAUUCGAAAAGAUUAUUGGACGAAACAAUCCUGUUUGUGUAUUUGUAUAUUGACAAACUCUGUAUUAGUGUGUGUAUUACUUUGCAAAUGUCAUCUAGACAGUUUUCUUAGAGUUCCCACAAAAUUCUCAUCCUUUAUGAAUUUCUAUCAUUUUACACAUUUUGUAUAAUUUUAUCCAAGUCCAUUGACUUACUUGUACUGGUUUGCUUAGCUUUAAACUACAUUUUACCUUAUAUUAUUGUAAACUCUCUACUGAUCCACUUUUGUUGUGAAAGUUUGACAAAGACAUUUUUAUUGUUGUGGUAAAUCAACAUGCAUGAUAAAAAAUUUCCUUUAUUUUGAUUUAAUUUAAUUUUGAAAGUGCAGAAUUUUAAUUAAAUCAUGUUAAUGUUCCUGUAUGUUGCUACCUUCGUUUGUUGAUUGUUUUUUUAUAUAUAUACUUUUGUGUAAUGUAAAAAGAACAAAGUAAUACUUGUGAUUUUAUUGUUAUCAGAAGGGUUGUGAACUUUUAUCAUAAUUCAUUAUGAAUGUGUUCCAGAUUGCAUAAACAUAUUACUAUAUUUUAGUAAAGUGUAUUAUGGUUGAA